CUUGGGUGAAAGUACUAUUGAAAUACAAUGUGAAGGAAGAUUUUCAACACUCCAUGUGUCAUUUCCUUUUUUCAUGAAUCAAAUACUGAAAUACUAUGUGAUAAAGAUUUUACAUUUCAAUUGUGAAGAGUGGGAAGUGGAUAAACCAGUUCAGCUGUCUUUGGGACAGACGAAAUAUGGCAAAGUGGAAUACCCUUCUUGAUGAACCGGAGGACAAUGACAGAUUUUCAGAUUCCGUGAAGUUUGAUGCUCGAUCAAUGACAACUUUGCUGCCUCCGAAUCCUAAAAAUGGCUCUACCCUUCAAGAGAAACUGAAGUCCUUCAAAGCCGCACUGAUUGCCCUUUAUCUCUUCGUGUUUGUAGUUCUCACACCUAUCAUUGGGAUAGUGGCAGCUCAGCUCCUAAAGUGGGAAUGGAAGAAUUGCACAGUUGGUUCCAUUAAUAUCAAUGAUACUCCUCAGCAUCUCAAUGGGAAAGGAAAUGAUAGUGAAGAAAUAAAAUUUCGAGAAGUUGUCACAGAAAACAUGAACAAAAUGGAGAAGAGAAUCGAGUAUAUUUCAGAUGCGCAAGCCAAUCUCAUAGAUUCAGAGCGUUUCCAAAACUUCAGUGUGAUGACUGAUCAAAGAUUUAAUGAUGUUCUUGUCCAGCUGAGUACUGUGGUUUCCUCUGCCCAGGAACAUGGAAAGGAAAUAGAUGAAAUCUCCAAGUCAUUAAUAAGUCUGAAUACCACAUUGCUUGCUUUGCAGCUCAGUAUUGAAACACUGAAUGGCAAAGUCCAAGAGAGUAAAACUAAACAACAAGAGGCGUUGAGUGAAUUAGAAGAGCGUGUGUACAAUGUGUCAGCAGAAAUUAUGUCUAUGAAAGAAAAAUAUGCAUACUUGGAACAAGAAAUAAAAGGGGAAGUGAAAAUAUUGAAUAACAUCACUAAUGACCUCAGGCUGAAAGACUGGGAACAUUCUCAGACACUGAAAAAUAUCACUUUAAUUCAAGGUCCCCCUGGACCCCCAGGUGAAAAAGGAGAUAGAGGUUUCACCGGAGAAGCUGGCCCACAAGGCAGUCCAGGCCCAAUAGGUCCCCCAGGGCUUAAAGGUGAUCGGGGAGCGAUUGGCUUUCCUGGAAGUCGCGGACACUCGGGACCAGCAGGGAAGCCCGGGAGGUCAGGCAAUCCUGGACAGAAAGGCCAGAAGGGAGAAAAGGGGAGUAGAAGCAUAUCAUGACCGGUGCCACUCCCUGAUCCUAUUAGGGCAGGGCCCUUGGAAGAUCAGGUGGGCUGGGCGGGACACCCUCUGCUACUAACUCAUUCAAACGCCCUUCACCUCUGGACAAGUCAUCAGUACAGCUGACUCCACGAGCCCUUUGGGGCUCCUCCAAACGACCUUGGUUCCUGUGUGGUGCCCGGCUUCUGCGUGGCUUCCUCUCCUCGGCCUGGGUGCCGUUGUGGCCUCUGUUCUCAUGCGCAUACCUCUCCCCACUCCAGUCUCCCACCAUCGCUACCACCUCCUACUGUCCCCACUGGGACGCCUCCCAUUGAACUGACUCGCACGUUGUUCCAGCAAGCCCUCGGAGCCAGGCCAGAGUCCUCUGCCACCCCCUCAUCUUGUGCUUGCUGCACCCAUUUAACCCAUUGGGUCCUAGGAAAACUCUGGUGGGUACUGACUAGAUGUGGGUUCUUUACAUUCAGAAAUACUCUUCUCAUCCAGUGACAGGGAUAACAUAAAAGAAAAGCCAUUCAUUCAUUCAUUCAUUCAUUCAACGUAUAUUCAUCCUGUACACCCUGGAGCUGGACUUUACAACUAAUAAGAUAGCCAUUGUGCCUCACCCUAGAGAGCCAAUUGUAGUAUACAAAACAGCAAAGCUAUAUUGGAGAAAGAAUAGGGCUCUAUAGAUGUUUAGAGCAGGUCAAGAUUUUUAAAUUCCAUAGAAUAUUAAAAGGUUAAAUUGAUUUGAUUUGAUUAAUUUACCUCUGUUUUCUUAGUCCCCAAAUUACAGCAUUUUUUCAAGUUAUAAAAGUGAGGUAAAGUGGAACUUGAACAGUUCAUUCAAUACAAUGGAAUCAAAAACAAAACUUUUCUUAAAUUGCCUGUCUAUUUCAAGCAAGAAUUUUUGAUCAUGAAAAAAUAAUACCGAUAAUUUUUUAUUCUGCAAAACUCUUUGUAUUUUGUGCUACAAAUAACCUAGUACGGAUCCUGGAGAAAAAUAAAUAUUUCAGUAGAACUGGAGAUAUUUUAUGAGAGUGAAGAAAGCGGCCGACCAAAAAAGAAAAAAAGGAAUAGGAGAUGUGUGGAAUUCUAUCUUACUUUUUGAAUAUUCUCUAUUAACAGAUCACAUUUUCACAACUCCUCCUUCCUUCAAGGUUUAACACAGAGUCCCAGGUCUAGUAGAGUUCUAAGUAGUGCGCCUGUUUGUGUCUCUCCCCUUCCCUUCCCUUCCCCGUGAAAUGGACAUUUAACACCUACCUCACAGGGUUGUUGUGAGGGUCACAAAAGAUGCUGUGUGUAAAGAUGCUCUAUAAAAUCAUAAACUGCUUUAAAUAUG